AUGGCAGGCGAUGGCAGCGACCCGGUGGGCUCUGCGGCGCAGGAUGGGGGGCUGCCGGCCCCGGAGCGGGUUCUCUUCCCGCCGACCUUCAGCGUGUCCGAGAUCAAGAACAAGCAGCGGCGGCACUUCAUGUUCCUUCGCUGGAAGCAGCAGCAGAGGAAGGAGAAACUGGCCGCCAAGAAGAAGCGGAGAAAGGAGCGAGAAGCCCUCGGAGACAAAGCACCUCCAAAAGCCAUACCAAAGACUAUUGAAAACCAGAGACUGUAUGACGAAACAACUGUAGAUCCCAAUGAUGAAGAGGUUGCUUUUGAUGAAGCAACUGAUGAAUUUGCACCAUACUUCAACAGACAGACAGUUCCCAAGAUUCUUAUUACGACAUCAGACAGACCUCGUGGGAGAACAGUGAGAUUCUGUGAACAACUGUCUACUGUUAUACCUAACUCGCAUGUCUACUAUCGAAGAGGACUGGCUUUGAAAAGAAUUAUUCCACAGUGUAUUGCGAGGGACUUCACGGAUUUAAUCGUCAUUAAUGAAGAUCGCAAAAUACCAAAUGGUCUUGUUUUAAGUCAUCUGCCUGAUGGUCCAACUGCUCAUUUUAGAAUGAGUAGUGUCCGUUUGCGUAAAGAAAUAAAGCGAAAAGGGAAAGAGCCCACAGAACACGCACCUGAAGUAAUCCUGAAUAAUUUUACAACACGGCUCGGCCAUUCUGUUGGUCGCAUGUUUGCUUCUCUCUUCCCACAUGAUCCUCAGUUCAUUGGAAGACAAGUAGCUACAUUUCACAACCAGCGAGACUACAUCUUUUUCAGAUUCCACAGAUACAUCUUCAAGAGUGAAAAGAAAGUGGGAAUUCAAGAACUUGGGCCACGUUUUACAUUAAAGCUGAGGUCUCUUCAAAAAGGAACCUUUGAUUCCAAAUUUGGAGAAUAUGAAUGGAUUCAUAAGCGCCGAGAAAUGGAUACAAGUAGAAGAAAAUUUCACUUAUAAGGGACAGCUAUCUGCCAAUUGCUGGUGACCAGAAAUACAACUGCUUUGAACUACGGAUUAUCUCAGACUCCUAACUAAUGAUAAUGAUACUGAACAGCAUCUAUCUGCAGAAAGACAAACUGCAAACAUUAAAACUUUCUACAGGAGCAGAUCAAGUAGGACACAUCUUUCUUCCUAUGUUUGUAGCUAAAUCCAAUAUGACAAGGACAGUGACUCUUUUUCCAGUUUAGCAGGAAAAACUAUGGCAAUGCCAGAGCAGCCUGUAAUUUAGCUAUCACUGAAGAUCUGCCAUGACUGCUGCUGUGCUGUAGAGAUAAAUUACACUUUGCAACAUCAAAGACAGUAAAUAUUUUGGUUAAAGAUAUUCUCAAAAUAAAGUAUUUCUAGUUAUACAGCUCUUUUUCUGUUAAGCAGCUAAACCCAGAUGUCUUCCAUUAAUCAGGUAAGAGAUAAAUAUUUUAAACCUCUUUCUAACUUACAGUAUGCUGUUCCCUGACAGUAUGGUGGUAAGUUUUCCAAAAAUGGUCUCCUAUCUAGAGAACAUUGAGAAGGCUGUAUGCAAUCCAGGAAGUCUGUGGUAUGUUAUUUCAUUAACAUCUCGCAUAAAAUAGCCAUGUUGCUGAAGUUACAAAAAUAAUAUGCUUGACUCCUACAGGUAUCUCUUUUGUAAAUGUCCUAUUUAGAAGAGGUAUAUACCCAAAGCAGUUGAUAUUCUUGUAUAUAAAAAGAAAUAAACACUGAUGGGAAAGAAUUCAUAAGGCCGGCUUACAGGAAGUACAUAAAGCUAUCUCAUCUAAAAAUGCUGCUCAGUUGAACAUGUGAGGUCUCUGAGCAGGGUUUUUCCCAUUAAAAUCUUAAAAAUGCUUCUUCAGCCUCAUAGCUAUACUCAAGUUGGUAUUACCUGCAGAAUAAACUACUGUUCUGCCUUAAGUUUGCACAUUCACUGGCAGCUAAAAAGCGAAAUUUUCUUUGAAUUACUUUCUUUUCAUAUGCAGUUUUAAGUGCUUUUUCAUAUUUACCUGAAGAGUAAGAUGGCUCAUAGUCAGUCAUCUACUAGGAUAGAAUUACUCUUUAACAUAAAGAAUAAUUAAG